AUGGAUACUGACCGAUGUUCAUUGGACGAAGUGUUAAAUACUUGUAAUAAUUUACUUGAUGAAUAUAAGAAUUUUCAAAAUACUGAUAUAUAUAGUGGUGAAAACCAUGAAGAAUAUUAUCGAAUUCGUCUUACACUUCUCCGUCAUUUUCUUGAAUUUAUUAUGGACAUGCUUCGUGUAAGAUAUGAUUUAGUUAAUUGUUCAUCUCAAUUAUUACAUGCUGGUUUUAUACAGGUUACUAGUCUGAAUGAUGCAAUAAAAUCUUAUUCUAACUAUCGACUGAAUUUUAAAUCGAUUCUUCGAUCUAAUUUUGAUCUUAUUUGUCAACAUAUUUUACCUAAUCAAGUUAAAGCUUUAAUAUUGUCAGAUGAUCAACAUACACCCGGUCAAUCUCAACUCUUUUUAUCUCAUUUUCAAAUUGACGAAUUUAUUAAUCUUCAAUCUUUAACAUUGAUUGAAAUAGAAAAGAAAUCAUUAGAAAUUAUCAAUGAACAUUUAUAUAAACUCAAUCGUUUACGUUCAUUUCUAUUCAAAUCAGAAAUCAAUAUUUUGUUUUCUAUGUCAUUUGUUAAUCUUCGUCGUUUGGAAUUGUCACAAUGUUCACUUAAUCUAUUAGAAAAUAUUUGUUUAACAACACCAUGGCUUAAAACUUUAAAUGUUGCUAUCAUACAUGAAACAUCAAACUUAGAAUUUCAAUGUCAACUUAAUUAUUCUGUCAGAUCAAUGAAUGAAAUAGAAAAAUUUCUUCUUAAUUUUCCAUGUUUGAAACAUCUCGAACUGUCCACAAGAAUUCAUGAUAAUUUUGUUACUGGACAUCAAUUAGAAAUCUUGUCGAAAGACUUGAUUACAUUGAAAUUUAUCUUCAAAAUUACACUUCUUCAUUCAAUCGAGGAAACUCUUGAUACAUUUCGAACAUCAUUUUGGUUAGAAGAAAAAUGUUGGUUUGUUGCUUAUGAAAAUAAUUAUCUUUAUACAGUACCUUGUUCUAUGUACACACAUAUCAAUGAACAUUUUCAAUCACCAAAAUAUUCAACGCUUUUAAAAAAUUCAAUCUUCUAUGAUAAUAUUAUUAAAUUAACAUUGUACGUUAAAUUAAUUGAAACUUGUCAUCGUCUUAACAAUAUUACGACAUUAGAAAUUGGAUAUGAAAAUAUUUCAAUAGAAACUCUUUUGGCUAUUGUUAAUCUAAGUAGAAUAAUGAAUUUAACAUUGCCUUCAUCGAUGAAUAAAUCGAAAAUCAAAUAUCUUCUUAAUAAAAUGCCUCGUCUUCAAUAUUUAUCAAUUGAUACCUUGAUGUCAAAUAGAACUUUUGAAGAAUUUCAAAAUUCUGGUAGAAAUUUUUUGGAUAAUAUUCAAGAUCUAGAAUUAAAACAAAUUCGUGAAUUAAAAAUUUCUGAUUAUCAUAUUAUUGAUGAUUCAUAUACUAUUGAUCGACUUUGUUAUAUUUUUCCAUCUAUCGAACGAUUACAUGUCUCAAUUGGACAAUUAAAUACUAUAGUUCAAUUAAUAAAUUGUUUUAAAUAUCUAUCAAUUAUAUCAUUGAAUUUAAAAUAUUUGUCUAAUAAGGAAAAAGAAUAUUUUGCAUUAAAAUCUGAAUUGAUUAUUGAUCAAAUUCGACAAAUGAUGAUAUUAACAUAUAAAUAUCAAAUGACUAAUUCAUGUCUUCAUCUAUGGAUCAAAAAAGAAUCAGAGGAAAUUAUUGGGAAAAUUGAUCAAAGAAAAAAACGGGAAUGUUUUUGGUAUUGGUGUAAUUUCAUAUUAAGUCAACGUUCACUUUUAUCAAUGAUUGUAACUGUGAUCUUGAUCAAUCAUCUUCUCAAUAUUUUGCUUUGCAUGUGGAAUUAUAUAUUAUCAGAUAUUCCUCAAAAAACUAGUUAUUUUUCUUACAUAUUUAAUCCAUCUGCAGUUUUAUUAAUCACGCAAGUUUGUUCGACAUUCUUUAAAAAACAUCACCGAACAUUUGUCUAUUUAUUCGGUUAUAUUUUUGUUUGGAUAUUUACAAUAAUUGCAUGGAUGUUUCCUGAUUGGUGGCAUUUAAUUUCCAUUGAUACAAUCAAUGAAAAAAUUGGUAAUCACGAUAAUCCUUUUCUAUUUUUGUUGAUCCAUCCACUCUGCUUUACCUUAACAAGUAUUGGAUGCAUAUGUUGUUGGUAUCUUGGACACAAUAUGCAUAUGUACUAUCAAUGGAUAACUGGUCUUAUUCUGUAUUCUCUAGUUGGUUUAUGUAUCUGUUUAACAAAAAUAUGUUGUAUCAAUUUUGUU